AUGGGUGCCUUGAAGAGACUUUUCCAGGCGGAAAAGAACCCGUCUCGACCGGUGACUAGUCUUGGAUUCGAAGGCUGUCGGGUGGGGGACCCUUACUUUCACAUGACGGUUGACUCGCCUGCGCGAAGUCAUUUUGGGGAUUUCCCGUCAAGCGCUUCGCAGUCACUAGAUGUGGCUCAUCAUUUCGAUCAGAUUGAGAAACAAUUCGAAGAUCUGCAUGAUUCCCUCCAGCGGCCCACAUCUUCUCAAUCGGAAAUGCCGCCUUCGGGUGCCACUGAUUUCGCAGCCUCCAAACCUCAGAAUGGCCGGCAUAUCGACUUGAUGGAUGCUAUAUGUUCCACAGAACGCCCUCAGACGAUCAAACCAGAGCCUGUCUCUCAACCUGCCAGCCCGUACAAUGAAGAUGUCGCGGAACGGAACAUGACUAGGUUCCUCCGGAUCCAAUACAGAAAUGGACUUGCAAGCUCGCGGGUUCUUGCUGCACUGUACCAAGAGGAUGUAGCAGACCGGAACAUUGCGAAAUAUAGUAAAGAUUCUCGCACCUCGUCAAAUCUGAGCUCUCGGUCAUCUCCAGCCGCCCCUGGAAGAGUCCGCAUCCCAGAAAGCGUACGGCGCAAAGCCAGGAAGCGUGACCCUGGCAAGCCCACAUGGGCAUCAGCAGAGAACCUACGGACGGAAAAGUCCUCUCGGGACGAUGGCUCUGGCACUUCGUCCCAACGAUCAUCCAACCAACACCUUCGACACCAAAGAUCGGCACCUAGUCUGUCAGCGGACGAAGGCUUUGUGCCGCAAGAGGAAGCACCACCGAGCCCUGUUCAGCGCUUGGGUAUUCCCCCUGCCUAUAAGCUGGGCAAGAGAUGGAGUAAUACACCCCUCCCGGACAGCCCAACAAUUCCCAUCCCUAUGGGCGAUAGCGAAGGCGCCGCCGAGGCUCCGUCGGUGCCGCGAUCACCUGCUACAAUUAAUCGCAGCUCAUCUUCAACAUCAAGGUCACAUUCUCCGGGACCCCCACCAGCGCCAGGCUCCAAGAAGAACGUUCGAGAUCUCUCAAUCAACACUAAAUUGGCUUCUAACGGACGAUCAAAGAUCACACACCGUGCCAUUCAGCCGCCAACCCCAUCAACCGGCAGUAUGAAGCGGGCUCCCAGCAUCGCGGAAGUCAUGAACAGCCCCUUGCCCGUUCCAAGUCCAGCCAGUCCCCCUAAACAGUCGCCGCGCUUCAAAGCCUCGGAAAUGAUGGACUUGUUCAGCAAAUCCUUCACAUCCAUCCCAGGCACCCACCCGACAUACGAGACUCUGCAAGAUGCCAUCGUCCGCGAGAUCAACUCCCACGAGGCAUUCCGGCGUGUCCCCGUGCCAGCCCCAGGACCCCCAUUCACACCCACGCCAGACAAUGACAGGUUCGCCGGCUCCAAUCCCGAGCCUGGCCUCCUCAGUCGGAAUGCCUCAGCAAAGGGGCGGCUAGCAAACAAGGGCUCAUUCAGGAAACACAAGCGCAACUCCGAAUCCCGCCGCAGCAUCUCAUCCAGCGUCGGUUACGACAGAAUCCGACGAAAGGUCGUCGGCUCCCCAGGCCGCCGUCGUCACACCGACGCCCCUCCCCCAAGCCCGGGCUUCCUGGCUGAUAUCCAGCCCAAAGAACAAAUCGCCCCACGACUCAUUGCCGGCGAACCAAUAACCUACCUGGAUGUCCUACGUGCAAGCAACGAACUCCCCACCUCAGCCCCCAACACCAAGAUUCCUGCUGCCUCUCGCAAGCGCGGCCGCUCAGAAUCCGCUGGCACUCUCGCUACUAUGGUUCGUGCUGCUCCAGAUAUGCCCUCCACCCCAGGCACAGUUUACUGUAUGCAAGCACACUCGACUCCGUCAGCUAGUGACUCGCAGGAAGACAGUGAUGAUGACGAUAUCAUCCACCUCCCUAGUGUGAACAUGCCUCCCCCUCGCGUGCAGGUCGAAGGCGUGGACGAAAACAAUGUUCGAUAUGUGAUCGACGCUGCCUCCUCUGAUGAGGCCCUGAAGCUCAUGCACUGGCCGCAGCGUACUGGGCGGGGUGUUAACUCCAAUGCCUAUGAGAACAGUCUCUCGCCGUUGUCUCCUGCACGGUUGCAGCUUCGCGGCUCUCGCUCUGUUGAGACCUACUAG